GAAUUUUCUUUAGAUAGUGGUUAUUAAGAAAACAUUAUUUAGUAACAAUAUUUGCUUAUUAGCUCGUCACAUUGUUUUGUAUGAAAUGGCACUCAACACAGUACGUACGAAAAAAAUUAUAAAAUUGGUGAAUCACUUCACCAUAGGGACACGAAGAUUUUUGUCAAAUGAAAUUCCACAAAAAGCAUUAUUUAACUGGGAAGAUCCGUUAAAUCUCGAAUCUCAACUCCACGAAGAUGAAAAAUCGAUACGGGACCAAUUCCGAUCUUAUUGUCAGGAAAAAUUAAAACCAAGGAUAAUCGAAGCUAACAGAAACGAAACGUUUGACAGAAACAUUAUGUACGAAUUCGGUGAAAUGGGUGCGCUGGGUUGUACCAUUAAAGAAUACGGAUGCGCCGGAGUCUCCAAUGUAGCCUACGGUCUUCUUACUAGAGAAGUAGAGAGAGUCGAUAGUGCCUAUAGGUCAGCUCUAAGUGUUCAAUCAUCCCUCGCGAUGGGAGCUAUUUACAUGUACGGGAGUGAAGAACAAAAACAGCAAUAUUUACCACGCAUGGCUUCGGGUGAAUUGAUUGGCUGUUUUGGCUUGACCGAGCCUAAUUAUGGGAGUGACAUCUCAAAUAUGGAAACUAGGGCUAAAUAUAAUGUAAACGGUAAAUCCUACAUUCUUAACGGAAGCAAAAUGUGGAUUACGAAUUCUCCAGUGGCGGACAUAUUAAUCGUAUGGGCUAAGUGUGAUGACUCUAAAAUACGGGGGUUCAUAAUAAAUCGAAAAGAUCACGGUAAAGGUUUAAGCACCCCAAAAAUAAACGGAAAAUUUUCUUUAAGAGCGUCAACUACCGGUUUAAUUCUGAUGGAUCACGUCGAAAUACCAGAAGAUCAUUUACUACCGAAUGUCGUCGGCAUUAAAGGCGCGUUCGGUUGUUUAAACAACGCUCGUUACGGUAUUGCUUGGGGUUGUUUGGGUGCUGCCGAAGAUUGUCUAACAGUCGCUCGGCAAUACGCUUUGGAUAGAAAACAAUUCAACAGGCCGUUGGCAGCCACUCAACUGAUGCAAAAAAAAUUGGCCGAUAUGGUUACGGAAAUUAGUUUAGGCCUGACCGCUUGUCUCCAUGUGGGACGUUUAAAAGACAAAAAUCUGCACACUCCUGAAAUGAUAUCAUUAUUAAAACGCAAUAACGCUGGGAAAGCGUUAGAAAUAGCAAGGAAGGCUAGGGAUAUGUUGGGUGGUAAUGGCAUUCAAGAUGAAUAUCAUAUUAUUAGACACGUAAUGAAUUUGGAAGCGGUCAACACUUACGAGGGAACUCACGAUGUCCACGCACUUAUUCUGGGACGAGCCAUUACAGGACUGGCAGCUUUUUAAACUCUUGCAUAAAUAAAGACAAAUUUUUGAACGCAUGUUUUACUAAAGCAAUCACCGGAUUUCAAA